AGCGGGGGAUAUAAAAGCCCGCGGGCAGCAGCCCCUCUGUAGCUGCUCUGUGGGUGGAGGACAGUGGCAGCGCCCCUCGCUGGCCCUUUUCCGAGUGCGGCUUGGAGGACGCCACCUGGUUGCGGGCCUGCCUCGCUUUGGUCUGAUUUCCCACGACUGCUGUUGUCCGCUGUCCUCCCGUGGGUGUGACCCUCAGCUGACACCAUGAGCAGUGACACCGAAAUGGACGUGUUCGGCAUAGCCGCUCCCUUCCUCCGGAAGUCAGAAAAGGAGAGGAUCGAGGCUCAGAACCAGCCUUUUGAUGCCAAAACCUACUGCUUUGUGGUCGACUCGAAGGAAGAAUACGCCAAGGGGAAAAUUAAGAGUACCCAGGAUGGGAAGGUCACGGUGGAAACCGAAGACAACAGGACCCUGGUGGUGAAGCCAGAGGACGUGUACGCGAUGAACCCCCCCAAGUUCGACCGGAUCGAGGACAUGGCCAUGCUGACGCACCUGAAUGAACCGGCCGUGCUGUACAACCUCAAGGACCGCUACACCUCCUGGAUGAUCUACACCUACUCGGGCCUCUUCUGUGUCACCGUCAACCCCUACAAGUGGCUGCCGGUGUACAACCCCGAGGUGGUGGAGGGCUACCGGGGCAAAAAGCGCCAGGAGGCCCCGCCCCACAUCUUCUCCAUCUCUGACAACGCCUAUCAGUUCAUGCUCACAGAUCGUGAAAACCAGUCUAUUCUGAUCACCGGAGAAUCUGGGGCAGGAAAGACCGUGAACACCAAAAGGGUCAUCCAGUACUUUGCAACAAUUGCAGCGACUGGAGACCUCGCCAAGAAGAAGGACUCCAAAAUGAAGGGGACUCUGGAAGACCAGAUCAUCAGCGCCAACCCGCUGCUGGAGGCCUUCGGGAACGCCAAGACCGUGAGGAACGACAACUCGUCCCGCUUUGGCAAGUUCAUCCGAAUCCAUUUUGGUACCACGGGCAAGCUGGCCUCUGCAGAUAUUGAAACGUAUCUGCUGGAAAAAUCAAGAGUAACCUUCCAGCUGAAGGCCGAGAGGAGCUACCACAUCUUCUAUCAGAUUCUUUCCAACAGGAAGCCCGAGCUCAUAGAGCUGCUGCUUAUUACAACCAACCCUUAUGACUACCCGUUCAUCAGCCAGGGUGAGAUCCUGGUGGCCAGCAUUGACGAUGCCGAGGAGCUGCUGGCUACAGAUAGCGCCAUUGACAUCCUGGGCUUCACCCCAGAGGAGAAAUCUGGACUCUACAAGCUGACAGGCGCUGUGAUGCACUACGGGAACAUGAAGUUCAAGCAGAAACAGCGGGAAGAGCAGGCAGAGCCGGACGGCACCGAAGUGGCUGACAAGACAGCCUAUCUGAUGGGCCUGAACUCUUCGGACCUCCUGAAAGCUUUGUGCUUCCCCAGAGUGAAAGUUGGGAACGAGUAUGUCACCAAGGGCCAGACUGUGGACCAGGUGCACCAUGCCGUGAACGCCCUCUCCAAAUCCGUCUAUGAGAAGCUGUUCCUGUGGAUGGUCACCCGCAUCAACCAGCAGCUGGACACCAAGCUGCCAAGACAGCACUUCAUUGGCGUCCUGGACAUCGCGGGCUUUGAGAUCUUUGAGUUCAACAGCCUGGAGCAGCUGUGCAUCAACUUCACCAACGAGAAACUGCAACAGUUUUUCAACCACCACAUGUUCGUGCUGGAGCAGGAGGAGUACAAGAAGGAGGGCAUCGAGUGGACGUUCAUCGACUUCGGGAUGGACCUGGCCGCCUGCAUCGAGCUCAUCGAGAAGCCUAUGGGCAUCUUCUCCAUCCUGGAAGAGGAGUGCAUGUUCCCCAAGGCCACAGACACCUCCUUCAAGAACAAGCUGUAUGACCAGCACCUGGGCAAGUCCAGCAACUUCCAGAAGCCCAAGGUGGUCAAGGGCAGGGCCGAGGCCCACUUCUCGCUGAUCCACUACGCGGGCACCGUGGACUACAGCGUCUCGGGCUGGCUGGAGAAGAACAAGGACCCCCUGAACGAGACGGUGGUCGGCCUGUACCAGAAGUCCUCCAUCAGGCUCCUGGCACACCUCUACGCCACCUUCGCCACGGCAGACGCUGCUGAGAGUGGGAAGAAGAAAGUUGCCAAGAAAAAGGGCUCUUCCUUCCAAACCGUUUCUGCCCUUUUCAGGGAAAACCUGAACAAGCUGAUGUCAAAUUUAAGAACAACCCACCCUCACUUUGUGCGCUGUAUAAUUCCCAAUGAAACCAAAACCCCAGGGGCCAUGGAGCACAGCCUUGUCCUGCACCAGCUGCGCUGUAAUGGUGUCCUGGAGGGUAUCCGCAUCUGCAGGAAGGGGUUCCCAAACAGGAUUCUCUAUGGGGAUUUUAAACAAAGAUACCGAGUGCUGAAUGCCAGCGCCAUCCCUGAGGGGCAGUUCAUCGACAGCAAGAAGGCGUGUGAAAAGCUGCUGGCAUCCAUCGACGUUGACCACACUCAGUACAAGUUCGGACACACCAAGGUGUUCUUCAAGGCUGGCUUGCUGGGAACCCUGGAGGAGAUGCGGGACGACCGCCUGGCCAAGCUGAUCACCCGGACGCAAGCCGUGUGCAGAGGGUUCCUCAUGCGCGUGGAAUUCCAGAAGAUGGUGCAGAGAAGGGAGUCCAUCUUCUGCAUCCAGUACAACAUCCGAGCCUUCAUGAACGUCAAGCACUGGCCCUGGAUGAAACUCUUCUUCAAGAUCAAGCCCCUGCUGAAGAGUGCGGAGACGGAGAAGGAGAUGGCCACCAUGAAGGAAGAGUUCCAGAAAACCAAAGAUGAACUCGCCAAGUCAGAGGCAAAAAGGAAGGAAAUGGAGGAAAAAUUGGUGACUCUAGUACAAGAGAAGAAUGACCUGCAGCUCCAAGUACAAGCUGAAAGUGAAAACUUGUUGGAUGCAGAGGAAAGGUGUGACCAGCUGAUCAAAGCCAAGUUCCAGCUGGAGGCAAAGAUCAAGGAGGUGACUGAGAGAGCUGAGGAUGAGGAAGAGAUCAAUGCUGAGCUGACGGCCAAGAAAAGGAAACUGGAGGAUGAAUGUUCAGAACUGAAGAAGGACAUAGAUGACCUUGAGCUGACACUGGCCAAGGUUGAGAAGGAGAAACAUGCCACAGAGAACAAGGUUAAAAACCUUACUGAGGAACUCGCUGGUUUGGAUGAAACCAUUGCAAAGUUAACCAGGGAGAAGAAAGCCCUCCAAGAGGCCCACCAGCAGACCCUGGAUGACCUCCAAGCUGAAGAAGACAAAGUCAACUCUUUGAGCAAAAUCAAGAGUAAACUGGAACAGCAGGUGGAUGAUCUGGAAAGCUCCCUAGAACAAGAAAAGAAGCUUCGUGUAGACCUGGAAAGGAACAAAAGGAAGCUCGAGGGAGACCUGAAGCUUGCCCACGAGUCCAUAUUGGACCUGGAGGACGACAAGCAACAGCUGGACGAAAGGCUCAAGAAGAAGGAUUUCGAGUACAGUCAACUGCAAAGCAAAGUGGAAGAUGAGCAGACUCUGGGCCUGCAGUUUCAGAAGAAAAUCAAAGAGCUACAGGCCCGCAUCGAGGAGCUGGAGGAGGAGAUCGAGGCAGAGCGGGCCUCCCGCGCCAAAGCAGAGAAGCAGCGCUCGGACCUCUCCCGGGAGCUGGAGGAGAUCAGCGAGCGGCUGGAGGAGGCGGGGGGCGUCACAUCCACCCAGAUAGAGCUCAACAAGAAGCGGGAGGCCGAGUUCCUGAAGCUGCGCCGGGACCUGGAGGAGGCCACCCUGCAGCACGAGGCCACGGCGGCCGCGCUGAGGAAGAAGCACGCGGACAGCGUGGCCGAGCUGGGGGAGCAGAUCGACAGCCUGCAGAGGGUCAAGCAGAAGCUGGAGAAGGAGAAGAGCGAGUUCAAGCUGGAGCUCGACGACCUCGGCAGCAACGUGGAGAGCGUGUCCAAGUCCAAGGCGAAUCUGGAAAAAAUCUGCCGCACUCUGGAGGAUCAGUUAAGCGAGGCCAGGGGCAAGAACGAGGAAAGUCAGAGAAGCCUGAGCGAACUGGCCACACAGAAGUCACGUCUGCAGACGGAGGCCGGUGAGCUGAGUCGUCAACUGGAAGAAAAGGAGAGCAUAGUAUCACAGCUUUCCAGAAGCAAGCAAGCAUUUACCCAGCAGGUAGAAGAGCUCAAGAGGCAGUUAGAGGAAGAGAGCAAGGCCAAGAGCGCCCUGGCCCACGCCCUGCAGUCCUCCCGCCACGACUGUGACCUGCUGCGGGAACAGUACGAGGAGGAGCAGGAAGCCAAGGCCGAGCUGCAGAGGGCGCUGUCCAAGGCCAACAGCGAGGUGGCCCAGUGGAGGACCAAGUACGAGACGGACGCCAUCCAGCGCACGGAGGAGCUGGAGGAGGCCAAGAAAAAGCUUGCUCAGCGCCUUCAGGAUUCCGAGGAGCAGGCUGAGGCGGUGAGCGCUAAGUGUGCGUCCCUGGAGAGGACCAGGCAGAGGCUGCAAGCAGAGCUGGAGGACCUGGGGGUCGACGUGGGCAGAGCCAACUCCCUGGCUGCCGCUCUGGACAAGAAGCAGAGGAGCUUUGACAAGGUGCUCGCCGAGUGGAAAACCAAGUGCGCGGAGAGCCAGGCGGAGCUGGAGGCGUCUCUGAAGGAAUCUCGCUCCCUGAGUACCGAGCUCUUCAAACUGAAAAAUGCCUACGAAGAAGCCUUAGAUCAACUUGAAACUGUGAAACGGGAAAAUAAGAAUUUAGAGCAGGAGAUAGCAGAUCUCACAGAACAGAUUGCCGAAAACGGUAAAACCAUCCAUGAACUGGAGAAAUCAAGAAAGCAGAUCGAGCUGGAAAAGGCUGAUAUCCAGCUGGCUCUUGAGGAAGCAGAGGCCGCUCUUGAGCAUGAAGAGGCCAAGAUCCUCCGAAUCCAGCUGGAACUCUCACAAGUGAAAUCAGAAAUCGACAGAAAGGUGGCCGAGAAAGACGAAGAGAUCGAGCAGCUGAAGAGGAACUACCAGAGAGCAGUAGAGACGAUGCAGAGCGCUCUGGACGCCGAGGUGCGGAGCCGGAACGAGGCCAUCAGGGUCAAGAAGAAGAUGGAGGGGGACCUGAACGAAAUCGAGAUCCAGCUGAGCCACGCCAACCGCCAGGCCGCAGAGACCCUCAAACACCUCCGGAGCGUCCAGGGGCAGCUGAAGGAUACCCAGCUCCACCUGGAUGAUGCCCUCCGGGGCCAGGAGGACCUGAAGGAGCAGCUGGCGAUCGUGGAGCGCAGAGCCAACCUGCUGCAGGCCGAGGUGGAGGAGCUGCGGGCCACCCUGGAGCAGACGGAGCGGAGCAGGAAGAUGGCAGAGCAGGAGCUCCUGGACGCCAGCGAGCGCGUCCAGCUCCUGCACACCCAGAACACCAGCCUGAUCAAUACAAAGAAGAAGCUGGAGACAGACAUCUCCCAAAUGCAAGGAGAGAUGGAGGACAUUCUCCAGGAAGCUCGCAACGCAGAAGAGAAGGCCAAGAAGGCCAUCACUGACGCGGCCAUGAUGGCCGAGGAGCUGAAGAAGGCGCAGGACACCAGCGCCCACCUGGAGCGGAUGAAGAAGAACCUGGAGCAGACGGUGAAGGACCUGCAGCAGCGCCUGGACGAGGCUGAGCAGCUGGCCCUGAAGGGCGGGAGGAAGCAGAUCCAGAAGCUGGAGGCGCGGAUCCGAGAGCUGGAGUCUGAGCUUGAAGGGGAGCAGAGGAAGAACACUGAGUCUGUCAAGGGCCUGAGGAAGUAUGAGCGGCGGGUCAAGGAGUUAACUUACCAGUGCGAAGAGGACAGGAAGAACGUGCUGAGAUUACAGGAUCUGGUGGACAAACUUCAAGUGAAGGUCAAGUCCUACAAGAGGCAGGCCGAGGAGGCUGAUGAACAAGCCAACGCUCAUCUCACCAAGUUCCGAAAAGCUCAGCACGAGCUGGAGGAGGCUGAAGAACGGGCCGAUAUUGCCGAAUCUCAAGUCAAUAAGCUGCGCGCGAAGACCAGAGACUUCACCUCCAGCCGGAUGGUGGUCCAAGAGAGUGAAGAGUGAGUGAUCCUCGGCUGCAACAGGACAGAAAAUAUGCGAAAUAUGUAUUUUCAUGGUUCCUGACCCUUAUACUUAAUUUCCACGUGACUGCUUUUCACAUGCAAUAAAUUUUGCUUUGUUUUCAA